AUGGAUCCUAUUAAUGUUAGCUGUAUUCGAUGGAUACCUAAGAAUUUCUGCAAAAGCAGCAUGUUUUACAGUUAUUAUGAUCGCAUAGAUGAUAAUAAUAGUUUAGAUCAAUCUAGCAUGGUUGAAAAUGGAGUCAACUCUGAUAAAUAUAUGUAUAUGCCUUUGGAUAAUGAAAUUACAAAUGGCAAAUUGCUCGAGAAUAACCUUGCAAAGGAAAAAGGUAUUAAUGAGGAAUGGAAUUAUUUGAAUGAUGGAGAUCUCUCAGAUUCUUGCCCAUCUAUAGAAGAAUCAGAUAGGGUUCUAGUAGUAGGAAGUAAUUACGAAGAUUAUUCUUCACUAGAAAUUGUAUUAUACAAUGUAGAUAGUUGUGGCCUUGAAACUCAUCAUGAAAUACCGCUAAAUGGCUAUCCAUUGGCUAUGGAAUUGUUACCUAGACAGAAUUUAGGAGUUUUAGCUUGUAUUGGGACUUAUACUCCUGAUAUUACCAUAUGGGAUAUAUAUGAUGUAGAUUUACUGGAACCAUUGGCAGUUUUAUCUACUUAUAAUGGCAAACAUAAAGAAAGGAAAGAUAGGAAUUGUGGAAUCAUUUCAUUGGAUUACGAGAGGAACUAUUUAUGCGCUGGUUCGGAAGAUCAUAAUGUAUACAUGUGGGAUCUGCAAAAGCAAGAAAUAUUUAAUACAAUUAGGCAUCACAACGACAAAGUACAAAUUGUCAAAUGGCACAACAAUGACCCAAAUAUACUUAUUUCUGCAGCAUUUGAUAAUAAAUUAGUGGUUAAUGAUAUAAGAAAUAAUGUUAAAGUAGGCGAAAUGACACUUAGUAGUGAUGUUGAAUGUGCAAUAUGGUAUAAUAGUACAGAUUCAUUACUAGUUGGAUUUGAAAAUGGUAGUAUUAAAUGUUAUGACUUGAGAGUUAUGGGAAAUGAAAAUGUAUGGUCAGUUGAUAACAACAAAAAAGCUUGUACUAGUUUAGCAUUGAAAUCAAAUGUACUAGUAUCUUCUAGUCUCUCAGGGACGGUGAACAUUUAUUCCCUAGAUCCUAAUAGUAACACAUGCCCUGAGCCAAAGAAGAUAUACAAAAAAAAGUUAGGCGCAGGGCCGAUAUUUGCCUCAUCAGCCUCAAUCGAUGAUGAGUAUAUAUUUGCCUUUGGAUGUGAAGUCAUUGUUAUCGCAGAUUUAUUAUCAUUUGACAAAUUUAGGCAAAUGAUACAAUAA